UGACUCUUCCUGACGCCUCGUUCGCCCUGACGGAGGGGCGGCGAGGGGCGAGUGCCGGCUGGCUGGCCGCGGGGCGGGUUGCGUUGAGAUGUUACUCUCGCCGCCGCCGCCGCCCUCGUCCCUGCCCUGCGGGCGGGCGGCAGGCGGCUCCCCUGGCCUUGGGGCGCGAGCGGCCGGGCCGGAGCUCCAGGGGGAGGCUGCUCCCCGAGAGCCGCCCGACGAAGAAGGGGAGCGAGGCCGCGCCGGAACUAUGCCCGAGUGCGCCCCGCUCCGGACGGCUGGAGCCGGCUCCGAACCGGCCAGGGCGUCGUCCGAGGCGGAGGCCGCUGCGUCAACUGCCCAGGAAGAAGAAGAAACAGCAAUAGCAGCCACCGCCGCCGAAGACUCCUGUCCCCGGUGGGGAGCCCAGCACGCUGGAGCCCGGGAGCUGGCUGAACUGUAUUCCCCCGGGAAAAGGCUCCAGGAAUGGAUUAGUGUCAUCUUAUGUUUCUCCUUGAUGUCUUUCAACUUCUACAGACUUCUCUUUUGCCUGAGACUGGAGCAUGCCUUCUCAAUUAUUGUUGGUAUAUUUGCAGGAGUCAUUACUGCUGACUUUGUAUCCGGCUUAGUGCACUGGGGAGCAGAUACUUGGGGAUCGGUAGAUCUGCCAAUAGUUGGAAAGGCAUUUAUUAGACCUUUCAGAGAACAUCACAUUGAUCCAACAGCAAUUACCAGGCAUGACUUCAUAGAAACCAAUGGCGAUAACUGCAUGUUGACAGUAGUUCCACUGGCAAACAUGGCCUAUAAAUUAGCUUCUUUAUCACCAGAAGUGUUACACCAAACAUGUCCUUGGGAGUGCUACGUCUUUGCCCUGUCUGUAUUUGCAACCUUGACCAACCAGAUUCACAAGUGGUCUCAUACCUACUUUGGUCUUCCUCGCUGGGUAAUUUUUCUGCAGGACUGGCACAUUAUCCUGCCACGGAAACACCACCGGAUCCACCAUGUGUCUCCACAUGAGACAUAUUUCUGUAUUACUACAGGAGUAAAAGUUCCUCGUAAUUUUCGGCUGCUGGAAGAGCUAGAAGAAGGCCAGAAAGGAGUAGGAGAUGGAACAGUUAGCUGGGGUCUUGAAGAUGAUGAAGAUAUGACACUUACAAGAUGGACAGGCAUGAUUAUUGGGCCCCCAAGGACUAUUUAUGAAAACAGAAUAUAUAGCCUUAAAAUAGAAUGUGGCCCUAAAUAUCCCGAAGCACCUCCAUUUGUAAGAUUUGUAACGAAAAUUAAUAUGAAUGGAGUAAAUAGUUCUAAUGGAGUGGUUGAUCCAAGAGCCAUAUCAGUCCUAGCAAAAUGGCAGAAUUCUUAUAGUAUCAAAGUUGUUCUGCAAGAGCUCCGGCGUCUAAUGAUGUCUAAAGAAAAUAUGAAACUCCCUCAACCACCUGAAGGACAAUGUUACAGUAAUUAAUGAAAAACAAAAAGAAAAAUCAUGCCCCAUCAUUCAAUUUAAGCUCUCUUCAUUUUCCACAGUAGUAAAUUUUCUAGAUGCAUCUUGUAGAUCUCCAAGUACUGGAAAGGAAGUUCCCAUUGCAAAGGAAAGUUUAUCUUGAGAUACUGUAAAUGAUACUAAUUUUUUUUUCCAUUUGAAAAUAAGUUGUGCUAUAACAAAUAAUGCUGUCCUGUGUAACCACUGUCCACAUAGUUGAACUUCUGGUAUCAAGAAAAGUCUAUUUAAAUUUAUUACUGUCAAAAGACCAGUGUGUCACAUUGAACUCGACUGUGAAAAAGCAUAAAAAGCAUACAUCACACAAUCACAUUGCUGUGUGUUUGGCCUGGGUUUAUAUCUUUUCUCCCGUCUCUCUCUCUCUCUCACACACACACACACACAAACAAACACACACACUCUCUCUCUCCUUUUCUCCCUCUCCCACUCCCUCUCUCUCUCCCUUUCUUUUUGUGUGUUUGCAAUAGAGUUGAUGCUCAGGGCUAUUUAUUAGAGUAGACUUGGAAAGCACAAUCCGUAGAUCGUGAUCUUGCCCAAGCCCUUUUGAAAAGAGCAGAAUCUGAGCCAGAAUAGCCUUGAUUCUUGCGCAGUUCUCUUUUGAUCCAACGGGGCUUGCCCAAGACAAUAUUCCCAAAAGAUUGUGCCAUAAGGUUUCAAUUACCAGCUGCGUCUGGGUUGUAUGGACUACUAAUGGGAUGUUUUUGGUAUCUUCGGUCAUCCCUCCCUUUGUGCAAACUCUAGUAAAAUGCUGAAUGUCUCUAGGGUUGGUUUUUAUUUUUCUGCUUUUAAUGAAUGCUUACACAGCCAUUUGGGGCAGGUUCUUCUUUCUCCCAAAACCUUUGCUAAGGCAUAGAUUGUAUAUCUGUCUCACCCUUUCCCCCCCCACCCCCGGAAUGAGGGCCUUGGGAUGACAGAUCUGGGGGAUCUUUUCAGACUUUCCUCUCUGUCUGUCUUGUCAUGGUUGGGGUGCUGCUUUCUUUUUGCCCCUUCCAUGAUGCUUUACAUUUGGCCAAAAGAGGUAAGUGGCUGGCAAACUGCCUGAUUUUAUUGUUAUUAUUGUUGUUAUUAUUAUUAUUGUUAUUAUUAUUAUUGCUUCAUGCUUGUCAAUUUGGGGGGGGGGCAUGGGUAGGGUCUAUAAAUUAAUCUUCACCAGCUGAGAAAACAAGAAUGUCUGGUUUUGCUCACAAACAGCCUUCCCUUCCUUAUCCCGUGGCAGCUUCCAUACCAGAAAGCUAGCCAUGGCUGACAUAUUAGACAGGGUUUUGAUACAGUGAAAGAGCAGUAAUUUACCAGGAGCGUCUUAAGUCUGUUAAGAAUGGCUAAAUAUUACGGAAAGAUCUCUACACGGAUGUUUGAAACAAACACUCCAGCUUUCUGAGCUGAAGGUCACUACCUCUGCUUGAAUGCCAUGUUAACUGCUCAUCGGCAUGCGUAACUUUGAGGCUCCGUAGUAGCCUGCUGGCAUAAAGACAAAUCCACUUUGUGAAGAGGAGAUUGUGUCCUGCAGAGAGGGAGAUGAUUUUCUUUCCUAAAGAAUCAGAUGGCGCUGCCAUGCAUGGCGGGUGAGGCUUCUUGGCAAAUCACUUCUUUUUCAGACUCCUUGUUUUGGACCACUGACUGCUGAAACGUGGAUGCAAAGCUUAAAUGCAAACAAUCCAAUGUAUCCUCUUAACGAAACUUUAAAAACGCAGUGUUCAUGUAAAACAAAAAGCAAAAGUCAACGUUUAAAAGCAGAAGUAUCAAGUCAAUGAAUAAUUGAUGUUUCCAUUAACUCUUUUAAGGAGCAUAUUAGUUGUAAGGAUUUAACAUCCUCUGUAAUUAAAAAAAAACAAUUAACAGUAUUCCAUAAGCAGCCUUUUUAUUGUAUCAGACCAUUGCCUGAUUUUAAUAUAAUAAAAAGUGUGCAUUAAUAUUA